AUGCCGUCAGUUUAUUUAGUCAUGUACGUGGCGGCCGUUGUUUUUUUCGUGUUGUCGGAAGUUGUCGCUCAGGAGCACGGGCCGAGUUCAUUGACAACACAAUCACCGCCUCUCCCGUUUGUAGAUUUAUUUACCGGAGCAUCCAAUUAUUAUUCGGAACCAAUACGGAAAUCCUAUAGCGAUUCUGGUCCUUACUCUUCAUGUCCAAAACAGGACACUCUAUCCUCGUUUGCAAGCAUACUGGGAAGCGCGGCCAAAAUAAUGUUAUCUGCAGCAUUAAUUGCUGUUUUAAAAUUGAUCGGCGGGAAACUCAUGUUAUUGCCACUAACUGUCAUGGUGAUCGCAAAAAUAGGACUGAAAGCGGUCUUACUGUGGCCGGUGCUAUCUAAAUUGAUGAAAUAUAUGAAGAAAAAGAAAAAGAAAUCCAGGAUGGCGACGGAUUGUUCGGAGCGUCUCGCGUGUAUCAUACAAAGGUCCUCGGAUAGCUGGGGGAGUAACUUGGGCACCGCCGUGACAUUCUCUUUGAUAAACGACCAAGAAGACGGCUUUAUAACUAGAACACUGUUGAGUGUUCUCGCCGGUGACAAGGUCGCUCAAUGUAUGUCAAUGGACUGCAACCCCGGCUUUGAUAUAAGCUGA